CUUUCUUUUAUGGUUAUUAUCAAUGAAUAUGAAUGAUAUUAUGAUGAAUGAUUUAAUUAGAACAUUAUGGAAUUUAUUUUUAACAAGAUUAUAUACAAUACAAUCAAUAACUUUAUCAAAAAUCAAUAAUCCAUUAAUUGAUUCAAUGAAUGAUGAUCAAAAGAAAUUCACUUAUUUAUAUCAAUCAAUCAAUAGAAAUCAAUCAAAUGUAUUCUUGAAAUCAAUAAUCAAUGAACAAAAUGAUCAUAAUAAUAAUAAUAAUCAAUUAUUUAAUGAUCAUUUCAUGAAAUCAUUAAAGAAAUAUCCAAUAACAAAAAAUUAUUCAAAAUCAUUUCUAUAUAAUCAUGAUCAUAUUGAUCCGAUAUUCUAUUUAAAUUAUAAUAAUCAUAAUGAUCCUUUCAUAUAUUCUAAACAAUUUCAUUCAUGUUGUCAACCAGUAACUAAGUAUGGGGAUACUACUAAUAAUAGUAAUAAUAUGAAUAUUUGUCAUUCAACAGAUAUAUUUGAAAGUUCCGAUAGCAUUGUAUAACAUAUUCAUAUUCAUCAUGAUGAGUUUUCGUGUGUGUGUGUGUGUGUACGUGUGUUUGUGUAAAUUUUAUAUAAAAUAAAACAUAUGCUCAUUA